CAAUAACACCACCCACACAGAUCUCCCAAACUCCUCCUCCUUCGGUCUUCCUAAGCAAAAUAAAUACCCACACUUCCAAACACGCCCUUACUCCAUCCUUCUCUUUCUCUUUCUCUUUCUCUUUAUCUCUCUCACUCGCUCUCUCUCUCUCUCUCUCUCUCUCUCUACGACAACCAAGUAUAGUUUUUAGAUCUUUGUUCAGCAGCGCAAAUCUAGGGGAAUUCUUCAGACAAAAGCCACUCUGCUUCUGAACCUGUUUGUUACUUCCUUGUUAAUCUGGGUUUUCUCUGGAUCUUUUCUCUGUAAACCCUAGGUUGGGUUCUAAUCUAGUAUUCGAAAUCUUCGUCGAGUUUCUUCGGGCUUCUUUUAUUUAUUUAUUUAUUUAUUUAUUAUUAUUAUUAUUAUUUUUUGCCUUUUUUAAAUUUUGGGUUUUGAUUUUAUGAGGGAUCUGUUAGCUUUAGAAAUUUAAAAAAAAAAAAAAAAGAAGACUUAAUUUUGGGGAUUGGAUUCUAGAUCUUUUUUUUGGGUUUAUUUGCGACGGAGCUUGGGGAUUUUUUUUUUUUCUUUUUAAGUAAAAGUUUAUCAUUUCUCAAUCAAAAAUUGGAAUUGGAAACGUGAAUCAAGAUGCCUUGGACUUCACCUUGUGUCAACUACAACAGUAAAUGCGUUCGUUUGGUGGUGUUUUUUCGCGUCAUUCUGUAAUUUGAUUCAUCUCGCAUAGUCUCCAUUGGUUUGAAGGAACUUCCGUUUCCUGUUCUUUUAAUUUUAACCGGGUGGAGGAGUGAGAAUGUGCAUUGCUGUAACCUUAAAGAGAUAUAGAGCUGUUAAAGAAGUUGGAAAGAUUAAAAUGAGUGUUGGGAUCAUCGCCUACUACCGACUAAUGCAAGUUUGCCAGGCUGAGUACUUCCGUCAGUUGCUUAAACCUGUUACGUAGUCAGGUAUUAAACGACCAUCAAACAUCGGGAUUUGGGUUGGACUGCCCUCAUUGUUUCCAUACAUAAAAAGGCAGUUAUAGUAUUUGCUUUCCUGUCUCACAAUGGCAAUACGUUGAUUAGCUGCACGGUCUUUUCAUCAGUUCACGAACCUUUAUCCUGUUGAAGAUCAAAUAAUUGUUUGCUCGAAAGCUGAAAACUCAAUCUGUUUUGCUUUCCAUUUGUUAGUAGGAUUUCUGAUGCAGAGUGACCACCAAUUUUACCCCAGAAAGGAACCUCCCCUUGUAAAUCAAGUGGGUAAUAAUUACAUGCAUGUUCCAGUUGCAUCUGCCUUUGGUGCAGUUUUACCUCCAGGUUCAAAGCAUUUGAAACCUUUUCAUGAUGUUGAAUUGCAGUCCUCUGAGGUUUGCCCAAAGAAUUUCAUUAUUUUUGAUCAGACUGAUCAUCAUAGUCAGAUCAUGUACAACCCUGCAAUGGCCCAUAGAUUUAAUACUCCUGGUUUAAACAUCCAUUCAACUUAUUUCCAUGAUAACUUUGGAGGAAAAGAGAUAAAUGAUGUUACAGAAAUGUCAUCACCUCUGGAAGAGGAUUCAGAUGACAUUGAUGCAUUGUUGAGCUCAGAAGAAGAUGAGGAAGAGGAAGAGGAAGAACAAGCAGAAUAUGACGAGGAAGAGGUAAGUACGGCACGCACUUAUGGCAAUUAUGGGAGCUCGUCCCCUGAAUCUUGUUCCACUUAUGGUUCGAAGGCUAGGAAGAAUAGGGCAUCUUCUUCGGUUCAGAAAUCUUCUGGAAACAGUGGUAGCAGCUGCAAUAGUGAAAGGAAACGACAGAGAGUGAAGAAGAUGGUGAGAGCACUUCGAGGUAUUGUACCUGGUGGCAACCAAAUGAAUUCUGUUACUGUUCUCGAUGAAGCUGUUCGUUACUUAAAGUCUCUUAAGGUUGAAGUUCAGAAGCUUGGAGUCGGGAAUUUGAAGAAUUAGGCUUCAAACUUACGUAAUGGCAAUAAGCAAACAGUACUCUUAAUAUCGUGUCUCAGUUAUUGGUGUAUUAAAUUCUCUCUGGUCCGGCUUGGUGCUUGCUGUUACUUAGCACUCAGUAUUUACUUCAGAAAUAUCCAUGUCCAAGGGGUCUGCAGAUCUGAGACGAAAAUAUAUCUUGGACUCUUGAAAUAUGUAUCGCAACCUUUACUUUUUAUGUUUAUGAUGUAGGAAAGUAGAGUUGGAGUGGAGGAGUUGAUAUGUAACAAUAUAAUAUUGCACUCCCUUCUACAAUUGCUGUAUAACUAUGUUCUUUGCUUUCUGGAAUGAUUUAUAAAUUUCUGCGGUCCGUUUUCGUUUCAGGUUA